AUGGAGAUGGAAAUGGAGAUGCCAGAUCCGGACGAGCUCGAGUGGAUGGAGAGCCACGGCCUAGUCCCUGAGGAAGAGGAGGACGCCUACUUCGACGACCCCGACGAGGGCUUCGUCCCGCCUCCCGGCGAUUCGGACCAACCGUGCGAUUCCCCUCAGCCGCAGGACUCAGCCGCGCUACGAGCAAAUGAAGCGUUGGGCGGUUUGAAGCGGCCUCCGCCUCCGCCACCGCCGGAGCAGGAUGAGGAAGAGGAGAGAAGCCUGCUCUCAGAAUCCUUUCACUCAUUAACAAGGCGUGCUGAGCAGGAGGCUUUAGCUAAGGCAUUGCAGGAAAGUACAGACUCAAUAGACCGUGUGGCUUGUUCAGUGACUCCACUAGUCACAGAAAAACUUUGGGUGGAAAAGUAUGCACCAAAUUCUUUCACAGAGCUAUUAAGUGAUGAGCACACAAACCGAGAGGCACUUCUAUGGCUAAAACAAUGGGACUCCAGUGUUUUUGGGUCCCAUAUUUGGGCAACGGGUGAUGAUGUCUUAUCUGCCUUACGUCGACACUCUUCAACCAUCCACAAGAAUGCAAGUAACAGAAAUUUCUUUUCCAAGAGUAAGGGGGGUCCUGUUGCAAGUCAAGAUGACACACCCCUGAAUGCACAAAGCAGCAAUCCAGAAGGUUUGGGUGGCUCCUUCAGCAAAAAGGCAUCAGUUGAUAAUACACCAGAACAAAAGGUGUUGCUACUAUGUGGUCCACCUGGGCUUGGAAAGACCACACUUGCUCAUGUUGCAGCCAGACAUUGUGGCUACCAUGUUGUGGAGAUUAAUGCCAGUGAUGACCGUUCUGCUUCAUCCAUUGAAACAAAAAUUCUCGAUGUAGUUCAGAUGAACUCGAUCAUGUCAGAUUCGAAGCCCAAGUGUCUGGUAAUUGAUGAAAUUGAUGGAGCGCUUGGUGAUGGAAAAGGUGCAGUGGAGGUCAUCUUGAAGAUGAUCAAUGCUGAAAAGAGUAAUAAUUCCGACAGGAGCACUAAUGGUGAGGAAACUCAAGCCCGAAAGGCAUCUAGGAAAAGUCAUAGAACAGCAAAACUACUGAGGCCUCCGACAAUUAACCGCGUGGUGAACAGGCUCAAGUAUAUAUGCAAAAACGAAGGUUUCAAGACAAGCUCGAUCGUGCUUUCUGCAUUAGCGGAGUACACUGAAUGUGACAUCCGUUCAUGCCUAAACACACUUCAGUUUUUGAACAAGAAAAGAGUGGCACUAAACAUUACAGCGUUCGAUUCACAAGUAAUUGGACAGAAAGAUAAGUCAAAAAGCAUCCUUGACGUUUGGAAGCAGGUUUUGCAAAAGAAAAGACUCAAGCGGUCUGGAAAGGCUGAAAGCCUUUUCAAUGAAGACAAGGACAUAGACUCUCUCUUCACACUCAUAUCUAACCGUGGUGAUUAUGAAGUUGCUAUGGAUGGGAUCCAUGAAAAUUUCUUGAGACUAUCGUAUCAUGACCCGAUGUUGCAAAAGACUGUAAAAUGUCUCGAUAUACUUGGAGUUUCAGAUUCUUUGACCCAGUAUGUUUACCAGACUCAGCAGAUGCCACUUCAUGCAUAUCAACCUCCAAUUGCUAUCACUAUAAGCCGCAUGGUUGCUCAAGUUGAGAAGCCAAAUAUUGAAUGGCCAAAAGCUUUGCAGAGGUCUCGAGCAUUGCUUUUAGAAAAGAAAGACAUGUUGAAGACCUGGCAAAACCAAAUGUCACCAUUUGUUUCAAGGCACCUCUCAGUAGAAUCAUUCGUUAAAGACAUUGCUUCCCCCUUUUUACAUAUUCUCUCUCCAAUGAGUUUGAGACCUGUAGCACUGAAUUUGCUGUCAGAAAGAGAAAAGGAUGAACUUGUGCAGCUAGUUGAUACUAUGGUCUCCUAUUCAGUUACAUACAGAAACACAAAGUUUGUCCCUCAAGAAAAGGCAAACAUAUCUGUAGUGCCCCAUGAAGUUUCAUCACUCUCUCUUUAUCCUCCAAUCAAUAAUGUCAUAAAUUUCAAGGGCUAUCAAUCAGAGCACAUUGGUCUGUCUUUAGCCAUGAAACAGGUUUUGGUGCAUGAGGUAGAGAAGCAAAAGAUCAUUAAAGAUAGUGCUGGCAAAUUGUUGAACCAAUCUAAUGAUGGAGAUAUGAAGAGCGAAGCUUUAUCAGCUAUAAGGAAGAAAACAGUAGCUAAUUCCAUCCAUCCAGCUUUACAUUCUUCCAAGGAAAGUUCCAAUUGCAGUUCAUCUACCCUUGAAAUGCAAUCAAACUCAGCCUCUAAUGUGAAUGGUAAAGAUUCUGUACCUGCCAAAAAACACUCCAGUCGCGGAACAAAUUUCUUUGGCAGGUUUAGGAAGGAAAGACCAGUAGAUACAAAAACUCGUAGCGAUGUGGGGCUGCAAGGAGGAACACUUCAGAGGGAUUCACGCCCUCUGAUCUUCAAAUAUAAUGAGGUGUUAUUUCUAUCCUUUGCUAUGCCAAAAUGCCUCCUUUGA